AUGUUGUUAAAACGUCAAGAAAAUCAUCUUCAUGAUGCCAUUCAAGAUGCUGAUCGGAACAAUGAAAAAAGGGUGAAGGCACAGUUAUCGGCUUUUACUUCUGACCUAAAAGAGUUGAAGGCUGUGGCGAAGGAGAGACAUAUCUUGUUUAUUCAAGAUGUCACGAAAGUUCGUGAAUAUGUCAAUUUAAAAGUUCAAGAAAUCAGGAAGGAUAUGAGCAAAGAGAUUGCAGUUGUACAACAAGAUUAUGCUUCUCUUAAUCAGAAAGUUGAUAUCAUAGCUGAUGUUGUUACAAAGUUUGUUAAAUUGUAUGAAGCACUUGGCCCGAAGGUCGAGCAGAUGUCUGCGGAUGAAGUUAAAUUUUUUUUGAAUAUCAAUCAAUUGUUAGUUGAAUUGAAAGGGUUGGUGCUCAAAUCGAGUUUGGGGUAA